GCUGUUCCGUCGCUCGCGCGCUGCCAACGCGCUAACGCGUGGCGUGGAACACGAAGGGGUCCGACACCAACUUCGCUGCUGGUGUUGCUUGGACGCGUAGACAGGUAGCAGGGUCCGACUCCCAGCCCACAGUGGAGUCUUGCUUAUUGGACCCCAACCCGCGCGCUCUCGCGGAGACGCCUGCCUACACCGCGUGCGCGCGCGCGCCGCUUGCAUACGUUCGAGUCUUUAUUUCUUUUUCAUUACCGCGGAGGGCGUCUAUGCUUUCCUGCAAGUUACCGAACUGAGGGUCGAAUCGGAUUCCCCCUACCCUUCGGCAAAGCAAAUGGAAUACUGUUGCUGGGACGCGCACUCAGUUCACUAACGCACACACCCAACGCACACACCCACACACAUAUGCACACACGCACUCGCUCACAUGCACACACACACACAAACACGCACUCGGGUACUUAAAAACUUGCGGACAGGAACGUGCGGUGUUUUUGUUUUUCUUCGUACAUUCCUUACGGCAACCGGUACAUCGGUAGCUGUUGGUGGUGGUGUGUCUGUCUCAGCACUCUCUGUCUCGCGACCCCACAGCACACUGUCGCUGGCGACGCACAGCACUGGGACUAUUGUGAAUGUGAAGCCCUCGCCUGUCAUGUGCUCUCGGAAGAACGCUCCAAAAAAGUUUUGAGUGAGUUUGAUUGGAAGAUACAGACGACUAGCGCUUGUUUGGGCGAGUAAGGUGAGAAGCCACCCGCUUAAAAGCAUAAAUCCUUCGCACACGUCUCCGGAGAUCAGCAGGUGCGAAAAAGUAGGAGAAUAUAUCACCGAGGGCGAGCGUGACGAAUUCCACUGUCCACUAUUUUAUCGGCGCGGUGCUUAGCGAUGUCUCGGAUUUUGUAACUGCCUAACAACCAAGCUAGGCCAGUGGCUGGAUACACCCUGCACGGAGGCCGAAGUUGUGAGCAGAGUUGUGUCUCGCCUGUUGUGUGUGAGAGUGUGUUUGUGUGUCUGUGUGUCAAUGUUGCUCUGAGUUGUCGGUUAGUACCAGUCUGCUUCUGUUUGGAUAUCUCGCUCGGCUGGUGUCUUCGCUACCUACUGUACGGGAUAGAAGCUGCUGCUGUCUCACCACCGAGCCAAUGGCUCCAGACAGCCAAGGGCUGCGAGGUCUCAUGAUGUGUGUGCGCUUGUGUUCCACGACAAUCAUGCGUUCGUAACAGAGGCUAACAUAGUGGAGGUCGACGCUAGAAGCUUGGCGUGAGGACCUUUGAACCUUGACCUGUGUUUAGGAAUCAUUGGCUAUCGCCAAUACAAAGAGCAUCUUGUUGGAUCGUGCACCAGGCAUCUCAUCAUCCAGAUUGUUUUUCUUUCCCGGGACAUAGCAGCAGUUUUGUCUUCUUUGCACUCGACUUCGAUGGACCGUUCUUGAACCCUUUGACCCUUGCACAAGCAAGGUCCUUGACCGACAGCAAGAGCGUGCACUGGCUUCAUCAUGGUUCACGUGAGAGCGAUUCGGAUUUCCAUAGGGAUGUGUCUGCUGCUCCUGGUGGUGUGGCUGUCCGUGGUGCGGUCGCAGUCGACGCUGGUGCUGAGGACACACGAGGUGCGGGUGAAGGUGGGAAGGUCUGUGUACCUGGACAGGGACGACCUGCAUAUCGUCAGGUUGCGGCGUGGCGAGGACUGUCGGGUGGAGGUGGUCAUGGCAGACCCCAUCACUCAGCGGGUCGGACACAUGGAUCCCCCGAUCUUCGAUUGUCACUUCUUACCGAAGACCGUGCAGUACAUCCACAACGGCUCACCCUUGCUGACGUCAGACAGGGUCAAGUUGCGCGUGCACUUGUUCACGAACUCAAACACGCAGACAGAGAGUGUGUACCUCACUGUCAACGUGGUCAACGCCUCACACGAGGUGAUAGACACGCGAGGGCUGAGGCCUGUCGUGGUUCCGGAGUUUAACGGCUUGUCGAACCCCAUCGACGCCUCGGCGAUACGUUUCAGGAACAGUUCCAACCAGAACGUCUCGUGCACCGUCAGUUUCUCCAAGUUCUACUCACCCUGGCCGCUGGUGGGGCAGAUCGUGAUGGGGGAGAAGAGGCAAGCAGUGGACUCCGUCAAGAAGGACUGCAGGGAGUUCCUGUUCAUGAACCUUCACUACGAACACCUGCGGUCACCAACGCCGGAUGUCGAUUACUUGCCCUUGACCGUGGAGUUGUUCGACCCUGCCGUCAGCGCUGACGUCAUCACGGAGAGGUUCUACCUUCCUGUCUACAUCAAAGGCGCGCUGCCCAACUCGCCCCCACACGCGAGCUUCAUCAACAUGUACAUGAUGGAUGUGGAUCAGUUUGUCCUCUCCACGAUCAUUCCGGGUGUCAUCUCGGCCGAAGACUAUGAAACGCCCAAGGGUCAGCUGGUGUACAACAUCAGCAAGCCUUUCGAGGAAGGAAGAGGCUACCUGGUGCACCUGGACAAUCAUGCCAAACCCAUCUCGUCGUUCCUUCAAGACGACCUCGACAACCACCGGAUCGCCUACAGGCCUCCCAACAAGGCCUACAAAGACCAGCGGGUGCAUGAGGUUCAGUUUCGGGUAUUCGACAGCCACUUUGCGUACAGCGUGCCGAUCACACUCCACAUCGCCGUUAGGCCCUCGGACACGAACUCACCCCGGGUAUCUCAUCUCACUGGUCUUGUGCUCCUGGAGGGCCAGUCCCGCCCUAUCACCUCCGAGCAGCUGGAGAUUGUGGACAGCGACAACCCUCGGCGGGUCCGCGUGUACAUCAAAGGCGGGCUGCAUCACGGGAAGGUUCUGGUCAAUGGCCGCACGUCGAUGAUAUUCACCAUCGACGAUAUCGACAACGGGAGCGUGGCGUAUCAGCACGACGACAGCGACUCCACGAAGGACAGGAUCGAGUUUCGCAUUAGCGACGGCACCCACACCGUGCUGUCCAGCUUCCCCAUCACCAUCAUCCCCAAGGACGACACUCCUCCCUACCUCAUCAACAACCUGGGAAUGCAGGUGAACGAGGGCAGUACGAAGAAGAUCACCGAAGACAUGCUGCUGGCGCACGACGCCGACUCUCUGGACCAGACGAUCAUUUACACAGUGCACAAGUCGCCCACGGCAGGCAGCUUGCUGAGGAAACUCGUUCCCUCGGACACGGGGACCAAAAUCUUUGGCUUCCGUCAGCGUGACCUCUUAAAGGGUCAAAUCUAUUAUCAGCACAGUGGGGAUCAGGUGUACAGAGACUCCUUCCAGUUCACGCUGCAGGACCAGCAAGACCCGCCCAACGAGUCCGAGGUGCAAACAUUCCAGAUCAUCAUCACCCCGACGAACGAGAACCCACCCGAGCUGGCGCCCGAGGCCACCCGAAUCAUGUACGUCCCGGAGACGAGCAUCGGGUACAUCAGCCAGGUGGAGCUGCUGUACAGAGACGUGGAGUCGCGCGCUCGCCAGCUGGUGUACACCGUGACAACAUCGCCCUACUUCGUGUACAACCGCGGAGAGACAGACGCUGGGCGCCUGGUCAACCACAACGUUACCAUGGUGACCAAAGGCGCGGACAUCCCGUCGGCUGUGCGCUUUACACAAGAAGACAUCAAUCACAUGAAGGUCGCCUACAUCCCGCCCACGGCGGACAUCGGACCGGAGUCGAGGCUGGUGAGGUUCGCAUACACCAUCGAGGACUCCAGUGCCAACAAGUUGUACGGACAGACAUUCGACAUCGAGAUUCUGCCCGUGAACAACCAGGUCCCGGCCUUUGUGACCAACAAGCUGCUGGUGGAGGAGGGUGGCAUCCUGAGCAUCACACUCAACCAGCUGUCGGCCACGGACGCGGACACGCUGUCCAGCGAACUGCGCUUCAUGCUGGACGCCCUGCCUCGCUUUGGCACGCUCCAGAAGGAGGGCAGGAGCAUGAGGAAGGGGGCCACCUUCACUCUGGAGGAUCUUCGCAAAAAACACAUCAGGUACAUCCACGAUGGCUCUGAUGUCGUCCUCGACACCUUCACUCUGGCCUUGACCGAUGGGUUGAAUCAGGAAACAAAGGUCAUCUCCGUGGAGAUAGUCCCCAUCGACGACCAAACGCCGCAGCUGUCUCAAGAUCUCAGACCUCUGCUGAUCGUUUCCGAGGGAGACGAGGCUGCCAUUACUCCAAGAAUCCUGUCGGCAACAGACGAAGACACAGACGACGAAGCGCUUAUAUUCCUCAUCGUAAAGCAGCCAAGAUACGGAGUCCUGCAGCUCAAGGGUCAGCCUGCCACCAAGAACCAGGAGGAGGUCAAGGCAGGCUUAGUCAGCUACAUCCACACCAGCGAGAUCGGCACCAGUCCUCAGAGGGAUUCUGUCUCAUUCAUUGUCUCAGACCAGAACUUCCUCGCCUCCUCUGACCUGCCCGUGUACGACCUCAACAUAACCAUCACGCCCGUCAACAACCAGAAACCUGUUAUCCAGCUCGGCAACCCCAUUCUGGUCGCAGAGGGCGAGUCCUUCCGGUUCUCCGAGGACGUUCUGAGCGUGACGGACGCGGACUCCAAAACCAAGACAGUGGUGUUCAUGAUAACCAAGCAGCCGCAGUGGGGCUUUAUCGAGAACAUCAAGCCUAGUCCGGGCUCCGAGAAAAGCAACGCGGGGAAAAGAGUAAACUCCUUCAACUUCGGCGACAUCCUGGACGGGUCUGUCAACUACGUGCAAGCCAACCACCGCGGCGUUGAGCCUGUGACCGACGAAUUUGAACUCUAUGCGACAGAUGGCAAGCUCAGCUCCUUGUCCAAAGCCAUCACCGUCACCAUCGUGCCGGCCAACGACGAGACGCCAGAUCUGAUGCUGAAGGACAUCGCCAUCGCCGAGGGCGGCGACAUGAUCAUUGACCAGUCCAUGCUGGACGCGCUGGACCUGGACAUGCCCAAGGACCAACUGCGAUUUUCGGUGUCGCAAACGCCAACGCACGGCAAGAUCGUGUCGCUGAUCCGCACCAAGGUGGGCGAGACUGAGACAGAGGUGACGGACUUUUCCCUCGACGAACUUCACAGCGGGAUGCGGCUCAGGUACCGCCACGAUGGCUCGGAGAAUCUCUUCGACAAGUUCGCGGUCACCGUGUCAGACGGCAAGCAUGACAUCAAGAGGGUCUGCAACGUCAGCAUAAAGCUGACCAAUGACGAGAAGCCAGAGAUGGUCAAGAACGCCGGCCUGCAACUGGACUACGGCGACUCGGCUCUCAUCUCUUCGAUCGUCCUGCAGGCUCGAGACGGCGACAACGAGGACUACGAGCUGUGGUACGAAUCACAGAGUCCGAGGAAGGGAUUGCUGCAGUUCUGUCCUGAUCCCUUCUCCCGGACUGUCCUUGAUUGCUUCGAUCUGCAGGUGGGGGAGAACUUCACCCAGAACGAUGUCGACCUGAACCGCAUUCGUUACUUGCACACCACGCGCAUGGGCGCCUCGCAGAGCGACUACUUCAUCUUCAUCCUCACAGACGGCACGCAUCGGCGACCAGAGGAGACGUUUGAGAUCCACGUGAAGAACUCGCGCAAGGCCAACAUCGCUCUGCUGAACCGCGGUAUGACUGUGCGCGAAGGUGAGCGAGUGUCCAUCAGCACCUCCAACCUCAGCGCCUCUGACGAGAGCACCAAGGCUGAGGAGAUCGUCUUCGCGGUGAUCAGGCCGCCACGACUGGGUCAACUAGAGUACAUCGACAAGAUGUUCGUGCCGAUAAGAAGCUUCACGCAGAUGGACAUCGCCGCCCAGAAGAUCGUCUACAACCACCUGACGAAGAACGACAUUGUCAAGGACUCCUUCACAUUCACCGUCACCAACGGUCUGAGCGAAGCCAAGGAUGGAGAGUUCCGGAUAGACAUCCAGCCAAUGGACAGGAUUCUCCCAACCCUCGUGGAAAACUCUUUAAUCGAGGUAUUGCAAGGAGGAGAAGAGAAAAUCACACAGUAUCACCUCAAAGCUAUGGACCCCGACACUGCAGCCCAGAACAUCACCUUCCACGUGGCCAAGUCUCCGACAUACGGCCAGCUGUACAUCCGAGGGGGUCAGGUGGCCACAUUCUUCACCCAGAACGACCUCGAACUGGGUCACGUGCGUUACGAGAGCGACGGGUCACGUGCUGGUCUGGACAACUUUCUCUUCACACUUUCCGACGGUCGCCACCAGGGCUUCCUCGUCAACGGGACGGUGCAGACCCAGCCAGCCAUGGCGAGCAUCUUCGUAAAGCCCUUGGUGGAAGACGCACCUACGUUGGUGACCAACAGAAUGCCGGACACACUGACCUAUUUUGGACGCCGUCGUCAUGGUUUCCGGUUGAACAGCAAGCUGCUGCGCGUGGUUGACUCCGACACGGACAGCGGAAGUCUCCUCUACGUCCUCACGCAACGUCCUCAACAUGGCCACAUCGAAAACACAGUGGCCAAGCGCUACGUCCGACGUAGGUUCACACAGCGAGACCUUGACGAGGACAGCUUGCUGUUCAUCAUAGACCCCAAGACUGAUGCCACCAACGACACUUUCACUUUCAGGGUGGAAGAUUCCAGGGGGAACUCUCUAGAUGACCAGAGGUUUGAUAUGCGAUGGUCAAGGGUGGAGUUUGAGCGCAAGGAGGUGGUAGCCUGUGAAAAUGUCGGAAUUCUGUCUGUCACCUUGACCCGAUCUGGUGACCUUUCUCACUCGGCUUUCAUUGGCAUCCACGUUCGAGAAAUCUCGGCCAAAAUUGGAGAGGACUUCAUUCCAAAUUCAGCCAAACAGGUUCAGUUCGAUCCAGGUGAGGCGCGCGCCACCUGGGAACUAACCAUUCUCGACGAGGGGUUGGUCGAAAGGAACGAGAAGCUUAGACUAACCUUGCGUGACCCGGUCAACACCAUCGUGGGCACCCGACGGAAACUAGGGGUUCGAAUCAUAAACGCUGAAUCUGGCCACUGUCCCCAGUACCUUGGUAUGGUCAGCAAGCACACUGACCAGCUGACUUUGGAGCCUGGAGACCCCAUACCUGGAACUGAGAAUGAAAAUCCAUUUAUGUUGCACAGCGUGAGUCAAGUUCACCAAGCUUCACGACACGAGAACAGGUAUCUGAACACAGAGGCUGAGCCCAACGGUCAUCUCGGCAAAGGUCUACUUCCGGUCUCGUCCGCUGCUUCCCCUUUCUCGCGAGGUGGCGGAGGAGGGAAGAAGAACGGACAGCGCAGGAACGGUGGGAAGAAAAAGAAGAAAAUCAACAACCGCAGAAAUCAGGUUCCUCUUCCUAGUCCUACCUCCAGAGUUGUGACCCCCACGACCUCAGCUAGUGGAUCGAUGGUGGCUGGGGGUAUCCCCAGGCCUUCAGCAGACACUAAGUACCAGCCACCUCAGAAGUGUUCUGGGCUGACCAAGGGUCUGCUGCACUUUGAUGAUUACAACUUCCACCUGCUGCGCUGUGACGGCAAAGCCUGGGUGCCAUGGAGUCCUUCGUCCAGCAACGACGAACGGUCCGCCGCGGGUGGCUUGACAUGUCGCAUCGGAUGGCAAGAGUACGAUCAGCGCUGUUACCUACUGGUCGACUCGCGCCUCACCUGGGAUGAAGCAGAGAGCGCAUGCGUGAACUCAUACGGGGCACAUCUCACUUCCGUUCGCUCUAUGCGCCACCUCACUUGGCUUGGGGAAGUGGCUGCAGGAAAAGCUUUUUGGAUCGGUCUGAAUGAUAAGAGGCAGAAGGGACGAUGGGAAUACUCUAAUGGGGAGCCGGUGGCUGUCACCAACUGGAAGGGCGGGGGACCUCGCACCAUGCGCAGCAAUUUCCAGAAGAACUGCGCGGUGGUGAAGAACCUGCUGAAGUGGCGCAACAAGAACUGCAACAAGUAUCGCAUGCGCUUUGUGUGUGAGGCCCCUCCGGCCAGCCUGCAGGGGGUCCCCACCACCGCCAGCACGGGCGGCAGCAGCAGCAGCGGCUACAACAACCUGGCCAGCAACAGGCAAGACGACAAGCAGUCUAGACGAUGGAGCGCUGGCCAGCGGGGAAGUAGAGGAAACAGAAAGAACGUGCAAGACGGAUUUUUUUACGGACAAAAAUAAAAAGAAAGAAAAGAACUCAAAGGUGGAGUGCUUAGAGUAGAAGCGAUAAACGGUGUAGAGUGAGUGCUCAAUGAUGUGGAGGCGGAUGUUUGACAGUUAGACGUGUAGUGGAAUCACAAGGUGAGCUCAGUGAAGCAAGGAAAGGUUGAGGCAAAGUGGUGUGUUGAAUGAAAGGUCGGACAACCAACAUCGAUCAGUCUCGGAGCUGAUGCCACAUGUCCUGUGCCCUCCAGGCAGAGUUCUGUUGUUGAGGCUGAUAACUACUUGAUGUUGAAAAGUGAUCGUGAAAGAACAAGUACUGACAAAAAUCGAGUUUUAUUUCCGUGGGAAGGGCGGUAUGGACAAAGUUCGUCAGUUCCACACGAAUGCUUUUGAUUGGUGCACGUGGUCAUUGUUCAAAACGACGGCGUUCUUUUCACUGGACAAAGAACACGAUUUAGUGCAACGAUGCUCACUAGAGGUGUAUCAAUGUACGAUCCAUUCGGCUUUGGAAAAGCAGAUGGUUGCCUGUUGUUGGCUACAAAGGACGAACUCAAUGAAAUAGUUGUUUAGGUCAACGGCAGAGGUCAUGCUUUCCGUUACAAACACAUUGGGUUCGAUCCCGUGGCGGCAACACGAAAGAGAAUGUUUUUGACUGGAGGGUGUGUGGCUUUUAAAAGAAACAGAAAAAAUAUAAAAGGAAGACUACGGAGAGAAACGUUUAGAGAAACGUUUAUAUAAAAAGGUCAUAAGACUUGAGUGGACAGAAAGACUGCUGGCUGUGGACAAGUAGGACUGUGGACAGUCUGAGGAGAAGCUGUUAUCAGAUCUUGUGAACAGGUCAGAAAAAAAUGACAGGCGGUGUUUGGUCAAAUUUUGACACUUAGGUGACAUUUCGGUCCACGAGUUCUGCGAAGAUUUCAGUGAGUUUCAGAUUUUCACAUCGAGGAAGGUCGUUGAUUCGGUGGUAUGUGUUGACGGCUUGAAAGGAACUGGAUCCAUUCUCGACAGUCACACAAGGAACCAAAUUUUUAAAAUACGAAACCCUUGUUUUAGUGACCUUCUCGCCAGUAAGUAUAUCAGACAAUCGUUAUUAUUUUUUUGUAUUAAGAUUUGUAGAUUUUCUUGGUGACCUUGCGAAGAUGUUUGCCGAGCGUACUUGAUCCUUCUUUCAAAGUGAUAAUUUUAAACUAAGGGCAAACCUUUUACUAGUAAUCUUAAAAGAGGACUGAUCGUCUUAGGUCCGAGCUCUCAACUUUCAGUCCCCCAUUUAAAGAUUCAAAAAAUAUUUCCUUUGCUGUAUUGAUUACUGUUUUCCUUUCUGAAAUCGUGAGAAAAGUUAUAUUUCUAUGAUCUGGCAGAAUCAAGGAUUUCUAAGGUUUAUUUUCCCCACAACAAUUACUUGAAUCCAAGCUUUAACCCUUUGUGUAAAACUUAUGCUAAGAAAGAUCUGAAAGUUGAAAUUCUUUUAUACUCUGCAGAUCAGUGCUUUAUUUCUUUAUUUAAAUGACGGUCGUAGAAGCUAAGUGGCAGUUGGGUUCUUACAGUUUUGUAGCUGAAAGGAAUGUUUGGACUGACCCCUUAUUUUUGGUGUUUGUCACGAAUAGUGUUCAUUUUGAAAACCAUGUUGUGAAUUUUUGACACAAAUGUUUCGUGAGAUGUAAAUUAGUUCAGCGUGUGGUUACAUAAUUAUAAGCGUAGAUGUUCCUGUUCUGUUGCAGCACAACAUAAACAAAGGUCUCAAUGUUAUGAUUGCUUUUGUUUAGUCAUCACCCCCUCCCCCAGUCCUCCUGCUUCCCUUGAUGGUUCAUCAUUCAUUAAUCACUUCCUGUCCAGCCAUUCCUUCCACUAAUACCCAUUUUCAUCUCUACGGCUACCCUCGCCCACUCCUCCAUCUUUUUCACCUGUUACAACGAUGCGACUGUACCAGAUAUAAAUACAAAUAUAUCACGCCAAGAAUUAUCUUCAUGCGACGCAGACAUAUCCCAAGGUGCAAAAGUGCAUAUAUCUAGCAUAAUUACAAUCUACUUAUAAUAUUUUACUCAUUAUUGCCAGAUGUAACUCUAUUUAAAAUCUCAUCAAUGUAGUGUGUUGCCAUGGUUGGUGAGCACAGAUGCCAGAUGGAACUUUUUGAAAGAUAUAAUUUUGCUUUUGUGAAUUGUCUGUGUUUGGUGAUAACGAGAGGUGACAUGGUUACAAUCUUGCUUUAUGUUCGAGUCUGUAUUCUCUUAGGCACAUGGCAAGACAUAAAACGAAAUAGUCGUAAACAAAAUGCCUCUUGGUGUCGUAUUUUGACGAGAACUUGAAAAUCACCAUUAGAGUACAAACACUACAAAAGAUUUGUUACUGAAAAUAAAAACAACAAAAAAGCAAACACAAAGGUGAGGUUGAUAAAAUGAUUUCGCUCAGUUACAUCGACACGAUACGAAAUGAUAGAUAGUUUUAUAUGAUAACAAAUACAUGGCCGUAGUGACAGGUUAGUAGAAUGGCUAUCAUAAGUUUGCUACAAAAAUCAGAAGUAAUAUUUUUUUACUAAAUUGUAGGAGAAAAUUAAGGGGUUGCUUCAACGGCGAACUUGCUUGUGUGGCCUCGUGGGAAACAUACGAACCUCAAAUCCGUUUUUUCCAAUUAAGGGCAGUUUUCUAUUUAUAGAAAUGUUGCAACAGGUUAACAACGGAUUCUAAUAAGACCUGAGAAAGCAAAACGACCAGCACUUAUGUUAUUCUUGUUAGAAGAUAAAUCUGUAUUGUCUGUUCUUGCAAACUUGUUUUAUAUAUAUAUGUUUAUAUGUGUGUGUGCGCGUGCGAGAAAGACAAUUUUUUUAGUAUGAAUACGUCUGAGCGGCCACACACCUGUUCUCCAUCAUACAAAUAUUUCUGUUUUGCACGUGCUUCUCCUGACACGUGGUAUACGACUGCUCACUGUAGUCUCCAAGAAGCAUAUUCAAACAAUACAAGCUGACCAUAAUAUCUGCAUCUGAGCCAUGCCGAGUGCAUAAAGAAGCAUAUUAAAUGCAUUAAAAUUCUACGUUCAGAUGACUUAAUUGUGUUAACUGUGUAUUAAACUAUCAAUUGGACAAUUCAUAAAGAAUUUUAAAAAACCGACAAUGCACAAGGAGAGACCUUAAAGGAUUGAAUGUACAGAAUAUAUUUUUAAAGACCCGAUACAACCCAAGUUUGGAUCCUUGUUGUCCUUGUAAGCCUUCUGUGCAAAUGACUGUGUGCGUGCAUCGUGCAAGGCUCGGUAGGUGGGGGAGAUUGUGUGUUUGUGUUUGUGUUUGUGUUAUGUACAUAAUAACUUACAUCUGCGUACAAGUGCCAGGAGCUUCUUUGCUUUUAGUCUUUGAGUGUAACUGUUACGGCUGUAACCCACUGUUGUCACCUUGUUUCUCCAGUUUGUUUUUUUUUUUUUCCUAAGGUCGGGAUCCUACCCUUAUCAACUGUUUAUCGUUUGACGCUUUGUUGCUUGACAAGAAUCCAAGCACAACAACAAAUGAUAUAAAUUUAUUAUUUACACCAAUGUAUAUUACUUUGUACUCGCUGUGUGAUUGUGUUUGUGAGUUCUGCGUGUGUGUGUGUCCGCGAGUAUUCCCUUUCUAUCCCAUAUACUUGUGUACAUGGGGUGCAUGCACUAUGUCUACAUAAUGCACAGUCGUGUUUAUUUUUGUGUGCGUACAUGUUCGAAUGCUCGUUUUGUCUCUGGCGAAAGAGAAGCAGAGGAAAGGACAGACAAAAAAAAAAAAAAAAUAAAAGGAAGAGUACAGAUUAUCUACAGCUGCGUAUGAGCUUUCCAUAGAAUGGGGGGCCCCCAGUAAAAGCACAGACACUGAUGCGGUCACUGUGCUGCUUACCUUAGGACAAAUAGGCAGAAUUUUUUUUUUUAGAGAUGGAUGUACAAUAGCCAAGGGUCAAUGACCGCAGGGUCACUUCGGGCGGGUGACUCACGAGCAGUCAUUCUCUCCGCCGCAAUUCACAGUCACAUUUGGUGUCAGUCGCUUAUGUGAUUUUUGAAUGUGAUUAUGUUUGUAUUAUGUUUGUAAUGUUUCUCAUUAGCAUAGACAUUUACCGUUAUUUAUAUUCGAAUUUUCCGGCCAUCGAGAGUGUACGUAGCAAUAUGAAUUGUGGGUCUAGUGUGUGGCACAGCUCCUACUCUGUACACAUGUAAUAUAGUCCUUCAUGAACUGUACAAUACUGUGUUUGUUGGUCUCUAGUAUAGGUCAGACUUAUCUCUUGGACUGCGUUGGUAGACUUCUAGAGGGAACACACUAUGUUGCUGAACCGAGCGUCCUUAACAACGUGUACGAAUUAAUGUAAGCUUUCUAAAUUAAUGACAAAUAAACAUGAGAAUCUGG